AUGACCCUUGCCCCUCCUCCGCCGUACCCUCCACCAACCUCAAACUCGGUCCAUAUCCACCCAUUGCAGCAACAGAGCAUACCCGAGCCUCAAUAUGCACCAGUUCCUAUCCCUGCGGCAUAUAACCAAGCACCAAACCAUACAGGAAGCCAGCAACAUCCGCCUACGCCAGUCCAACAAGGGUACCCGCCCACUCCACAGCUAUACCAACCUCAACCAUAUCAGCCACGGCCGCUGGCACAACAGCAGACACAACAACAACAACAACAACAGCCCAAUCUAUUGCCGACCCCCAUAUCUCCGCCAUGCUCUGUUAAUGUAGUGGAACAGGCUUGCUCAAGCUACUUUCCAGCAACAAUGGCUCCGCAAAAACAUGCUGUCUACAACCCACAAGAUUGGGCCGGCCGGCCAUACGGCCAGGAGCCGUACACGCCAGCUGCAACUCCGAGUGCCUCAUACAGCCCACAAACUGCACAGGCGUAUUCUUCUCAUCCACAAUGGCGUUUCCAUGACCAUGAUACAGUCGUAACCCCUAUGAUCCUCUCAAGACAGGUUAUAGAGCAAGCUAGGAACGGUGGUCGUGAUGAUAUUUGGUAA